GAAUGCUUGCCUGCCUUCCUUCCUUCCAGCAGGGCAGGCAGAGGAGGAGGAGGCACUGGUGGGGAUAGUUAAGCUUCUUACAUGCAUGCACUCACUCAUUCUCACACACACAGAUGCACUAAGGCACUGAGAUCAGAAGCUCCCAAGUCCCCAGCUAGGCUUUGGCAGCUCCUGGGUGGGUUUUUUGCCUCCCUCCAAAGGCAAGGGAAAGGACCAAGCUGGGACUUUGGAGGACACAAGGCACCUGGAGUCCAGAUCUCUGGGGCUUGAGAAGAAGAGACCGUGCUCCUGCUAUGAUCCGAAUCAUUUGGCAAGACAUUGGUUGCUAGAUUCCAGAGGAAGCAUUUUUCUCUCUCUCUUACUCACUUUGGUGCAUUUGGGAACUACUGGUGGACAACACAAAUUGAGAAUGAGAACAGCAGAGGAUUCCUCUGGGACUGUCCUUCACCGCUUGAUCCAGGAGCAAUUGAGGUAUGGCAACCUCACAGAAAAUCGUACACUCCUGGCAAUCCAGCAGCAGGCCCUGCGUGGAGGUGGUGGAGGUGGAGGAAGCGGUGGUAGCCCACGGUCCUCCCUGGAGAGUCUCACCCAGGAAGAGAGCCAGAUGGUUCAGCAGUCCACACGACAGGAGCCGCAGGGCCAGGAGCACCAUAGCGAUCACCUCUACCUGGAGAAUAAUAUGUACCAUCUCUACCAGCCUCAGCACAAAGGAGAAGAGCUCCCCACCUAUGAGGAGGCCAAAGCUCAUUCCCAGUAUUAUGCUUCACAACGAGGGGGCCAGCAGACUGGGGCAGCCUCAUCUGGUGCACAAGCUGAAGGAGGGCCACACCGAUCUGGUGCCUCUGAUGCCAGCAGUAAACACCAGGAUGAGUCGCUGAAAGAGUUGAAACAUGGACACGUGCGGUCACUAAGUGAGCGGCUCCUGCAGAUGUCACUUGAGAGGAAUGGUGCCAAAGCUCAGAACCACAUGAGUUCCUCUCACAGCUAUCCUCAGCUAUCUAGGCACCACCAGCUCUCUGUCUCCCGGGGGAAGCCCUCCGAGGCUCCUGAGUCUGGUGGCCCUCCUCCAGAAUAUCCCUAUCUAAUCCCUCCACAAGAAGCAACAAGUGGUUACCUUGUAGACUCCAGGCACCACUACAGAGAAGGUCCAGGAUUUCAACAUCCUGAAAUCAGGGUGAUGCAGCCCCAGAUGUCCCAAGCUUUCCUGCCACAACAGGCUACACUGUGCCACAGCCCUCUUGCAUCAUUGUCUUCAAUGGGUAUGGAGGCCUUUAUAUCUGCUCAGGCUGCUUCUGCCAGUAACCAUUUAUCCCAGAUGGAAGUUGUACUGAUAGAAAAUGAGAAGAUGCUGAGAGAGAAUGAGAAGCUUCAGAGGCAAAAUGAGUUACUGCGGCGGGAAUUGGAAAGCUACAGUGAAAAAGCCAACCGAAUCCAAAAGCUGGAAACAGAGAUCCAGCGAAUUUCAGAAGAUUAUGAAAACCUAAUGAAAGCAUCUUCUAAGCGAGAGGCAUUGGAGAAAGCCAUGAGGAACAAGAAGGAUGGGGAGAUGCGCCGGUUGCAGGACUUCAACCGGGAUCUGAAAGAGCGUUUGGAGUCAGCAAACAAGCAACUGGCCAGCCGGGCACAGGAAAACCAAGAUGGUAACCAAGGGACAAUGGCAAAGCUGGUUGCCCAGAACUAUGAGUACCAACAAGAAAGAGAAAAGCUACAGUGUGAAAUUGGACGACUGCAUAGUGCCAACGAUGACCAACGUCGGCGGGCAGAACUGCUAGAACAGGCACUGAGCAGUGCCCAGGCACGGGCAGCCAAAACAGAGGAUGAGCUACGGAAAAAGCGAGCAUAUGUGGAGAAAGUUGAAAGAUUGCAACAGGCACUGGCCCAGCUCCAGGCAGCCUGUGAGAAAAGGGAGCAGUUGGAAAUGCGUCUCCGCACUCGCCUAGAGCAAGAGCUGAAGAUGCUGAGGGCUCAGCAGAGACAGAUGGGAGUGCCUGGUGGAGGAUCCCCUGAGUUGAAUGCCCACAUGCUUUCUGAACAGCUGAGGGAAAGGGAGGAGAAGAUUCUAGCCCUGGAGGCUGACAUGACCAAGUGGGAGCAGAAGUACCUAGAAGAGUGUACCAUGAGACAGUUUGCCAUGGAUGCUGCUGCCACGGCUGCUGCCCAGCGGGACACCACCAUUAUCAAUCACUCCCCGCGCCAGUCCCCCAACAGCAGCUUUGAUGAGGAUCUUUUGCUGGCAAACCACAAGCACCAGGAGAUGGAGAACAGGUUAAAAGAACUUCAUGCUCUAAUACUUGAGAAGGAUGCUGUCAUCAAAGUCUUGAAGCAGCGCUCUCGUAAAGAUCCCAGUAAGGCUCACCAGGGCUCCCUGAGACCUGCCAAAUCAGUGCCAUCCAUCUUCACAGCCUUUGGUGCCCAGUACUGGCCAAGCACCUCUUCCAGUGAAAGUGGCUCUCAAAGCAACCCAGCUCCCAAGGCCUCAGCAGAAGUAAGCAUCCCAUCAACUUGUGUCCCUUUCCAUACCAAACAUGGCAGUAAAGAUGGGAGUACCCAGACUGAAGGCUUGCCUGAGAACACCCAGUUUGACAAGACUGAGUCCUGUCUUGAAACCAGCAGCAGUGCUGCAAAUUCCCUAGAGACUUUGCCAGCUGCUAAAGCCCUGGAUCUGUCAGACAUGGUGGAGAUUCUUAUCUGAAGGACAGAGAUUCCUCUGUACACAUCAUGUUCCUGAACCUAGCCACUCUUCUGUGCCUUAGCAGAUUGCUGCCUUAUCAGGGGGACAGUAACUAAUGACAGAGCAAAGACUGAGGAACUCUUCCAGCAACUGGAACAGACUGUGGAGCAUGGGACAAAGACUUAGCAAGAUGGACUGGAGGAGAAACAUGGAUAUGUGAUAUGAAGCCUCAAUUGCAAUAUGUCUCCUUUGGACAGUGGGUGCCCACUAUACCCCAGAACAGAUUUCUUCCUUCCUGCAGCAAACUGUACAGCAGCUGGAGCAUUGUGCAUGGAAAUAAUGUUGGCCUAAAGACAGCUGCUCCACUUGUCCUUUGCUGCUAGUUUUCCCAAGAGAUGGGAGCACAAACUGGGGAGCCAAGUGGGAUUCAUGCACCACCAAGCUGUGGCCCUGCAGAGGGCAACAUGUUGGGUUAGAGUCCUGGAAGAAAAAAUAGAUGCCUCAUUUUGGUUGGCUCCUGGCAGGUACCUGGACCUAAAAUGUAAGCUAUUGUAUGCAAAGGGGGUUUAUCUGGUGCUGGAGUGGUUAAAAAAUUCCCUGUACCAUCUCUUUCCCCCAAAUCCACCUGUCAUCUCCCAAGAAGGAGAGACCACUGUAGAUACUGGGGAUUUAACACAAUAUCUUCCAUUGUCUGGAUGAUAGCAUAUGGCUUGCCAUUGGUACUGAGGAAAGGGGGAGAGAGGGAAAUCAAGGAGAUGUGGCCACAUCUAUUUUUAUUUUUGUAAAUAAUAUCUCUAAAUAUAAGCCUAAUAGUAAUCAACAUUUCAGUCACAGUCCUUCUGCUUUGCACUUUUCCUCUCCCUUUCUGAUAAUUUGCAGUAGAUCUGCUUGUUCUCUCUAUUCGUUCCAUGAAAACUAUUCCCCCGUCUUGUUUUCAGAAUUCUCUAGUGUUUGCUUUUUCUUUUCCUUCAUUUCAUAUCCUGUUUGUCCACAGUUAAAUAUCCGCCUUCAGAGUCCUUCAGAUUCCAUUUCCUUUGAAGCAAUUUCCCAUGAUGCUUCAGACUGGAAUUUCCCUCCUCUGUGUUUGAACAGCAGCCACAGAACAAGCCAGGCAUUUCUGUUCAUGUGUGUGUUGACUGUUUUUCAAGCUGCCUCCUUUUAAACUGGAUGCAUCCCUAUGUGGUGUAGAUCAGCACAGCUGUAUUGGAAUGAAUUACUCUGUUUCCCCAGCUGGUGUAACACUGGGGUCAUUCCAAAAGCAGGGAAAACCAUCUGGUCCAAAGCAGAUUCAGGACUGGGCUUCUUUCUGACAUGAAGUGUCGUGAUUUAAAGAGGACUUGAAGAGCAAAUUGGAAACUAUACUAAGAGAGAGUGGGUGAAAUAUGGCACAGUAUGUGUGUGGGGGUUUGUGUUGAGGUGGUGUGUUUGUGAAUUGAAGACAUGUGGCCAAGAAGUGGAAGUAGUUUUUUCCCUAAAAUGAUAAAGGGCAUUUGUGGGAAUGAUGAGAAUGAAUAUGGAUGUGCAAAACAGCUUUAUAUAUCAGAAGUGUCUCUUCUUUUAAGGCAGACUACUCCUCGGUAAGAUAUCAAUUGCAGGCACAUCUCUCCCUUUCCAUGGAACCACUCCAAAAUCUGCAGUAGAAAUCCUUUUACACUCCCCUGCCUACUGACAGCUGGCUUCUGACAGUAGCCUACUUUGAUGCGAGUUCACUAUGGACUCCAGCAACUCUUUUUCUGUCUUCACACACUUUCAUCCCUCUCCUGGACCCCCAUCUGUGUUAAACAGUGCAUUUGCUGGACAACUGCAUUUUUUAAAAAAAAAAAUGGGAAAUAUCCCUCCAUAAAUAAUGUAAAAAAGGGGUUCAGUUAUUGUGCAUUGUUUACAAAGUGAAAACAAAGCAAAAAAGUUACAAGAGAGAAAGACACAGCUUAAUAUAUUUCAUAUUAAUAUUUGGUAUUCUUUUAAAAAUAUUUUUGUGCUGUGAACUUUUUUUUCUGCCAAAGACAGGGGUGUUUUCUUUUUUGGUGCAUUUUAAGUUAUCUCAGAUAUUUAAAUGUAAACAUGACUGUUUUAUUAUGCCGCCCUAUACCGAGAUUGCUGUAGCAUUCCACUUGGUAUAACAAUAUUUUAAUUAAAUAAUUUUUGUCUAA